AAAAAUUUUCAGUUCUCACUAGGAUAAAAGACGAUUCAUUACAGCCUUGACCCAUCAGAAAGACGGAAAUUUUUAAUUCGUUGUCGGUUCAUCAAUUGAUUGAUUGGCCUUUGUGCGUCCCAACAGCCUUACACUCGGUUUUAGUAGUUCGCAAGACCCGUUUCGACUUUUUACAGUUGUUUAUUGACCAAUGCAUUAUGUCGAGUGCUGGCUAUUCGAUCAAAGACUUAGAAAGCAUUAUUACCGGUAUAGACGGUGAAAUCAAAAAUGUGAAAAUCUCCCGAUUAACCGCCCCAGGAGAAAACUUCAUCAGUUUGGUGCUUAGUGUGGACAUUCAAGUGGAGAAAAAUGGACAAAUGGAAACAGUGAAUGUUGUGGCAAAAUGUUUACCGGCUGUACAGAGAAUGACUCUGAACUCAGUGGCAAUGGCCCAUGAGAUUAAAUGGUACUCGCAGGUGGCACCUUUGAUAAAAAAAUUCGGCGAAGAAUAUGGAGUAGGCACAUAUUUCUUCCCAGACUAUCAUGGGUCAAGACUGAGUAUGGAUUCGACGAAAACCACCGCGGAUGAAGACUCACUUCUCUUGCUAAAAAACAUCAAACCUGAAGGCUACGAAAACAUAGACCGCCACAUUGGAUUUGAUUUGCCCACUGCAAAAGCCUUUCUACGGGUACUAGCAACAUUCCACUCCAUUCCUUUGGCAAUGAAGUUCAAAAAUCCCGAACAGUUUCAAAUUAUUCGAAAAUGUCUGGACAGCGUUCGGGAAUACCCGGAAGCACUGGCCCCUCUGUCAAACACUCCAGGAGAGCCCCAAGGAGGAAUCCAGGCCCCAGCCUUAACGUGCAGCAAAUUGCUUGAAAUUCCGGCUUGCCAGCCCUACCGCAAGAACAUCGAAGCAUUAAAAAAUAGCGUCAAAGGGAUGGCAGAUAUCUACUUUGCUCCCGCUGAGGAGCCCUGGAGCACGAUGGUGCACAAUGACUGCUGGAUAAAUAACAUGAUGGUUAAGCUCGAGGCUGGAGGCGAACCGCGAGUGAAGUUGAUGGAUUUCCAGAUCUGCACCUACUCGUCAUUUGCUAAAGAUCUGGUUUUUUUCCUCUUGACCAGUGUGGAGGAUGAAGUUCAAAGGAAUCAUUUCGAGGAUCUUCUUUGGUAUUACUAUGAGCAGCUAACGUCAAAGCUGGAAAAUUUUGCAAUUUCUGAAUUGAAACUCAGCUACGCGCAAUAUUUGGAGGAACUGAAGAAAGUGGCUCGAGACUGUGAAGUGGGGCAUGCUGUUUACUUCACUAACACCAUUUUUGCUGAAAAGGGGACUAUUCCCGAUAUUUUGGCAGGUGAAGGUGACCUGGUCGAAUAUCGGUACAACCUUCUGAAUCGAUUGGGGGCACGACAACAAGAAAAAUUAGCACUUAUAAUAGAAAUCUGUGUGAAGCAGGGAUGGGCUUAGAACUAUUCGUAAAUAUAUUUAAAUAGUGCUUUUGUUGCCUCACUGCGUUGGCUGCUAUAAAGUUGUUAAUUAUAUGUGUUUCAUAAAAAUUGUAUAUUUUUUCAA